AUGAAACGUAGUCCACCUAGCAAAGAAGAUUUGUUAAAAGAGGAAUAUGUUUCCACUUUAAGUUACUUCUUGCGUGAUAGUAGCGUUUAUGAUUGUUUAUCUAUAAAUAAUCAAGUUUCUGUUGUUGAUAUGACAUUGUCUCUUUUUGAUACUUUCAAGAUAUUUAUUGAUUCUCAUGUUGAUGAAGUAUUAUUUUGGAAUCAGGAGAUUGCAAACUAUGAUGGUGUGUUUACAUAGGCAGAUCUCAUUAAGACUGUUUUAAAAUGUUAUUACAAUGUACUCUAUGACAUCCCGAAUAUUUGGACGACAAAAAAUAUAGCAGCCAUUAUUGAAAUGGAGAAUGAAGAUGAGUCAUAUUCACCAAUCCAAAGAACCAUAUAAGGAAGAUUAACGAUAGAUCAAUUCAAUCAAUUAUUAUCAGAUUUUAAGACCAUUUCCAUCAAGACUUGGUUUAAUAGUGUUGGGGAGAAUUUGCAUUAGAAUUGUUUAGUAAAGGCUGAAUUAGAUGAUAAUUUGAAUGAUAUCUGCUCAAAAUUUAUAACAGAAAAUAUUACCAGAAUCAUUGUCAUAGAAAAAGAAUCAAAAAUGGUGGCAGGAAUUAUUCAACAGAAGGAUAUCCUUAGUUUUCUUGUUAAGGGAUUUAAUUAAUAUUUUGCUCUAAAGAAACAUUAAAAUGGAGCAAGCACUUCCAAUCACGAAUAACAUGAAUUACAGAUGGACUAUUUCAAGGAGGAAGCUAUGAAAUUAAAGUAUGCAUUGCCAGCAGAUAUUCCUGUUUAUGAUCUAUUCUAUAAAUUAAUUUAUGUUUACAAAAGGAAUACGAUUGCGAUUGUGGAUAAAAACCAAAAAUAUUUGGGGUUGAUUGACAGAAGAGAUUUUAUAUUUAUUUUGAAAUAUUAGAUGUUUGACAUAUUAGCAUCCACAGCUGAGAAGUUGUUGCAAUUGAUUAAAGCAGAAGAUUCUAAAUAUUUGGCAUUUUACAUUAGAAAUAAAUAACAAUUCACAUUCAAUCAAACAAUAAAACAAGUAAAUUAAGUUGUUGAAAAUCUGUUAUUGUCUCCGAGGGACAGUUUAGUGUGUCUAGAUAACGAGGAAAGAUUGAUGUCUAUAUUUUAGAUCUCAGAUCUAUUCUAGAUAUUUGUUACGGAUAAGAAUUAAGAAAAUUGUGGAUAAUGA